AUGUGGUGGUGGGUCUUGGGUAUUUUGAGCUGUGUUCUGCUGGCUGGAGUGGUCCUCUUCUUCCUGACCACCGGGCAACGGUACAAAGUCUUUAGUGAGAAAUGUUUGAGGCCCCCGGGAGCUCUGGUCAUCGACAGCAAGAAAAGGGAUGAACGGCUCAAGAGAGGUUUUCGGGUGGAGCGUGUGCCCCCGUCCUUGGAUGCCAUAGUGAUUGGCAGUGGAGUCGGGGGGCUGACAGCAGCUGCUCUGUUGGCCAAAGCUGGUAAGAAGGUUGUGGUUCUAGAGCAGCAUGACCAGGCUGGGGGCUGCACACACACCUUUGAGAACAAGGGGUUUGAGUUUGAUGUAGGAAUCCAUUACCUGGGCCAGCUCCACCAGAACAGCUUGCUGAAGGUGGUUCUAGACCAGAUCACAGAUGGACAGCUGCAGUUCACACGGUUAGAAGAGCACUUUGACACAGUGAUCCUGGGUCAGGCUGAACAGCGCAGGGAAUACCAUAUUCAUGCUGGAAAAACCGAAAUGGCAGCUAGCCUGAAGAAACAGUUUCCUGGAGAGGAGAAGGCUAUUGAGGAGUUCAUGAGACUGAUGAAGUUAGCCUCAAAACGAACACCUUUAAUCGCCAUACUCAAAAUCAUUCCAUACUGGUUGGUGAGGUUCCUUGUUCGGACUGGCCUACUAGACCACAUUUCAUCUGUGUUCCGUCUAGCUACAACCAGCCACUCAGUACUGAUGUCGCAACUCACACAAAACAAGGACCUACAGGCCCUCUCAGCGUAUCUUUUCUACGGUGUCUCUCCAAAAGAGUCCAGUUUUCUCAUCAAUGUUCUCCUUCUUCAUCACUACAAGCGUGGUGCAUACUAUCCACGAGGGGGCGCUAGUGAGUUUGCUUUCAAUAUCAUCCCUGUCAUUCAGAGGUCAGGGGGAGCUGUGCUAGUCAGAGCCCCAGUGCAGGGCAUCCUGAUCAACAAUCAGGGAAAGGCCUACGGAGUAACAGUGCUCAAAGGCAAAGAGGAGAUAGAGGUCCAUGCGCCUGUUGUCAUUUCCAACGCAGGAAUCUUCAACACGUUUCAGAAGUUUUUGCCCCAGCACAUACAAGAGAAACCAGAGAUUCAUUCAUUGCUGGGAAUGGUGCGACAUGGAAUGGGCUCCUUCUUGGUCUUUGUUGGUUUGGAUGGAACAAAAGAAGAGUUGGGGAUUGUGUCCACCAACUUUUGGAUGUACAAAGACAACAAUCUGGAUGAACUAAUGGAACGAUAUUCCUCUCUUAGCGGGGAAGAGGUGCUGGGCAACAUUCCGAUGAUGUUUAUCACAUUCCCUUCUGCCAAAGAUCCCACAGCCAACAUGAGACAUCCAGGAAAGUCCUGCAUGACGUUGUUGACCAUGGCCCGCUAUGAGUGGUUUGAAGAGUGGAAAGACACUAAGCUGGGUAAAAGAGGGCAGGACUAUCAGGAUCUGAAAAACAGCAUGGCCCAGGAGCUGCUGGACUGGGCUUUAACUGUCUUUCCUCAGUUGAGAGACAAGGUGGUGAUGGUUGACGCUGCUACCCCUCUCACUAAUGUGCACUACCUGGGUGCACUGAGAGGCGAGAUGUACGGAGCAGAGCACAACUUGGAGCGCUUCACACCGGACACUGUGGCCAGGACGCGGCCACAGACCCCAGUGGAGGGCCUCUACCUGACAGGUCAGGAUGUGUUCUGUAAUGGCAUGGCAGGAGCUCUUCAUGGGGGACUGCUCUGUGCCUCAGCUGUACUUAACCAGAUCCUCUACAUUGAUCUUUUGGCUCUGAAGACACGCCUCAAACAGAAGCAAACCCAAUAG